AUGUAUCGUCGCAAGAAAGAUCAUAAACGUGGAAUUACCUACUCGCUCAUGCUAGUGGGUGACUCGGGCACUGGGAAAACAACUUUUGCGAACAAUUUGUUGGAAAUGGGUAUUUUCCCACACCAGUAUGAGAUUGAUGCGCCUAAAUUGGCCGAAAACAGCCGGGUGAAAGUGGUCAAGCCAACGAUGGUACUUUCUUACAAUUCAAAAAACGGAAUUCCGUCACAUAUGGCGCAGUUUGAUGCGUCACGCGAACAUUUUGAGCCUGGCGUUACGAUCACAUCGACAUCUAUGGAGAUCUCUACGGGCCAAGAACCGUUACCGUCGCGUUCGUCGGUUUCCAGUGAUAGCUCAUCAACAACCCAAAAUGGUGGCAUCAGCACGGACAAAAUUGCAUUUUCUUUGGUGAAAACAUACGGUUUGGGUGAGAAUAUCGACAAUACUUUGUGUUUUAACGAGAUCACGGCUUUUUUGGAGCAACAAUUCGAUCAAGUCUUGGGAGAAGAAACGCGUAUAAAGCGUAAUCCCAGAUUUGAAGACACAAGGGUUCACGUUGCACUCUACUUUAUCCCACCAACGGGUCACGGUUUGAGAGAAAUGGAUGUGGAAAUGAUGAAAAGACUUUCUCGCUAUACCAAUGUGCUCCCCAUUAUCUCCCGUGCAGAUUCAUUCACAAAGGAGGAACUUGCCAAGUAUAAAAAACAGAUAAUGGACGAUAUCGAGCGUUUCAAUGUCCCUGUUUACAAAUUCGAAGUUGAUCCCGAGGAAGACGAUAUGGAGACUGUUGAAGAAAAUCAAGCUCUUGCUAUGCUCCAACCUUUUGCCGUGAUGUGUUCUGAUGAGAGGAACGAAAAUGGUCAGUUUGUGAGACAUUAUCCAUGGGGUGAGGUAAAAGUCGACGAUGAUAGCUUCUCCGAUUUGCGAAUUCUCAAAAACGUACUGUUCGGUUCCCAUUUCCAGGAAUUCAAGGACACAACCCAAAAUUUCUUGUAUGAGAAUUAUAGAGCUGAAAAAUUGUCUUCGGUUUCCGAUUGGGAUGUGGACAAGGUUGGCGAUACUGCUGCUGAUAAAAGAAACUCUGCUGCGCCAAGUUUAUCAAAUUUUGCUUCCUUGAUAACGACAGGUCAGUUCAAGUCCUCAAAUUCUUUGGCUAUGCCUCCACGUUCGGACACUCCUACGACUCCAAAUUCGAAAGACAUCAACCAAGGUUUCGAUAUUGAAUCUCCUGCUUUGAGACAGGAAUCUCAGAGCAUAAGACUUGGUAAUGAAGAGAUUAUCAAUAAUAUAAAGAACUCUCCGAGAUCGUCCGCCCCCGGCUCGCCUGACAAGAGCAAAUUGAGAAACAUAUCAGAGACGGUUCCUUACGUUUUGAAGCACGAGCGUAUCAUAGCCAAACAGCAAAAGCUAGAAGAACUAGAAGCACAAUCUGCUAGGGAACUUCAGAAGCGCAUUCACGAUCUGGAAAAGAGAGCUGCGGAUUUGAAACUGAGGGAAAGGCUUUUACGCCAGCAGCAUUUGAAUGGCUCAAAUGCUUCCAUGAGAUCAAGGUCUUCUUCUAUUGCACAAGCCGCUCCAGUUCAAUCGACGCUGAAAAAAGAAGAAAGUGUAACUGACCUAGCAUCGAUAGUCAGCGGUAGAGCAUGA